UUUGAUUAACCAAGUUGGCUGCACGCGCGCACGCGGAGGCCCAACUAGUUUAGAAAGAAGAGACAUUCAGCUGCAUUCCGCAACAGCAGAGGAGGAGAGAAAAACACUUGGUUUCGGGGAUGAAGAUUACUCCUCUUAAAGCUUCUACUUCCUUCUUCCAUGGCGGUAAUCCUCUUCUCCCUUCUUCUCUUCUCCAUUCUUGACUUGUUUCUAUUCGUACAUUUGCUGCUAUUCAUGAUAAUCCUCAAUUGUUUCUCAAUUCUGUUAGACAACAUUCCAAAUUAGGGUUUUCCGAUAUCAAAUUUCCCCUUUCUUUAUUCCAUCAAAUGAUUUCAUUGCGUCCUCUUCCUUCCGUUAUCGAUUUCACUCAGCUCUUCUCUGCUAUUUCCAAAUUAAAACGACUUCAACCUCAUUCCAUCAUUAUAUCUCUCUUCAGACACAUUGAAUUACUUGGUAUUUCACCCGACAAUCAUUCGUUAGGUGUUCUUGCCAAUUGUUACUGUCAUUUGGGCCAUGUUGAUUUCGGAUUAUCUCUCAUGGGUAAAUCCCUUAAGCUUGGUUAUCCCCCCGAUGAUUAUACCUUUAACACCUUAAUCAAUGGUUAUAUCUACUCUAAUAAGCUCCCACAAGCUGCUAUUUUGUUGGAUCAAAUUGUCAAGUUUGGUUUCCGACCCGACAUUGUUACCUAUGGUGCUAUGGUCAAGGGUCUUUGUAGAAUAGGGGAUAAUGUUGGUGCUCUUAAUUUGCUCAACAAAAUGCAAUCUGGUCACUGUAAGCCUGAUCUUGUUAUAUACAGCACUAUCAUAGAUAGUCUUUGCAAGGACAAGUUGUUAAAAGAGGCCCUAAACUUGUUCUCCUCUAUGAAAACCGAGGGCAUUAAGCCCAAUGUUGUCACCUAUAACUGCUUGGUUCAAGGUCUGUACAAUUCUGGGUCUAGGGAAGAGGCGAAGCGUGUAUUGACUGAGAUGAUACACAACAAUAUAACACCUGAUGUUAAGACUUACAGCAUGCUGGUUGACAUGUUCUGUAAAGAUGGGAAUGUUGAUGAAGCACAAUCUGUUCUAAAACUCAUGAUUGACAGAGGUGUGGCUCCAAACAUCAUUACUUACAAUGCUUUACUUGAUGGUUAUUGUUUGCGUGGUCAACUGGUUGGUGCUGAAAAUCUACUUGAUCAAAUGGUGCAAAAUGGUUGGGAGCCUGAUCUCGUAAGUUUUAGCACUAUGAUUAAUGGAUAUUGCAAGGCUAAAAACAUUGAUAAGGCCCUGAAUAUAUUCCAAGAGAUGUUUCGGAAAGGGAUUUCACCUGGUGUCGUUACCUAUUCCACUCUUAUUGAUGGACUGUGCAAAGCCAGUAGACUCUCACUUGCACACGUACGUAAGCUGUUCCGGGAAAUGCGGGAUCAUGGAGUUCCUCCAAACGUUGUCACCUAUGCUUCCUUGCUUGACGGCCUUUGCAAACGUGCACGGCUUGAUGAGGCUGUGGUUGAAGAUAUGGAGGAUAAUGGUGUUAAGCCUAAUGUUGUCGUCUACAGUAUCCUAAUGGACAGUUUGUGUGAGGCUGGAAAACUUGAAGAUGCAGCAAAAGUCUUUUCCGAUCUUGUAUCCAAGGGUCUGCAACCCAAUGUUAAAACAUAUUCUAUAAUGGUUAAAGGCUUCUGCAAGAAAGGGCUCAUGAGUGAAGCUGCUAGAGUAUUGAGGUUAAUGGAGGAGGAUGGUUGCGCCCCUAAUGAUCGUACCUACAAUACGAUCAUCAGAGGAUAUAUUCUCAGUAAUGACAUGUCAAAUGCAUUGCAGUAUUGUGAUCUUAUGGUUAGAAAGGGAUUUGAAGCUGAUGCUGACACAUUCUCAUUAUUUGUCAACCUCUUGUCUUCUGAUAAAUUAAGUGACUCAUCCAAGGACCUGCUUCAAAAGUUUCUCAAAUGAAUUGAAGUUCAUAUGAUUACAAGUUUGCAAAUAUUUUGGACAUUCAAUAUUUCAAUUGUUGUUCUUAAGGGUCAGUUUAAGUUAUGCAUAUUUGAUAAUGAUGCAAAUACCUCAUCUAUUUUUCUCUGACAUCCAGUCGGUGAUUUGAAAGCUAUUGUGCCAUGCUUUGUACUAAGGUUCAAUGCUACGUAUCCUAUCUUCUUGUUUUAACUUAUGAUGUUAACAUUAUAGAUGGUCAUUUUAAGUUUUUAACUAGGAUGAGAUUAUGUAAUCGCAGUAAGUAGAAACCUAGGUACAAGAAACUGGGAUAAGCUUAAGCAGCAUUGACUUUCUUCUCUGUCUUUUUGUCUCUAUAACAACAAUGGCUGUUCAUUAAA